GUUUUCUGCCUUUGCAUGGUCCCAAUUCUGUCAGCUUUGAUGUUGACUGACCUCUCUAUUUAUUCCAACUCCAAUCUCCCUUUCAUUUCCCCUCAAAAUCUCUUCACCACCUUCUUGAAAUUGUAUAAAAUGUCUCUUCUUGGAUUUCUUGGAAUUAUUUUCUCCAUGAUUUCAUGUGUUUAUGGUUAUGGUAACAAUUGGGGUUGGAUUAAUGCACAUGCAACUUUCUAUGGUGGCAGUGAUGCUUCUGGCACAAUGGGUGGGGCAUGUGGAUAUGGAAAUUUGUACAGUCAAGGUUAUGGGACUAAUACAGCAGCACUUAGCAGUGCAUUAUUCAACAAUGGUUUGAGUUGUGGUGCAUGCUAUGAAAUUAAAUGUGUUAAUGAUCCAAAAUGGUGUCUCCCUAGUUCCAUUGUUGUCACUGCCACUAAUUUCUGUCCCCCUGGUGGUUGGUGUGACCCUCCUAAUCAUCAUUUUGAUCUCUCUCAACCUGUUUUUCAACACAUUGCUCAAUAUAAAGCUGGUAUUGUUCCUGUUGUUUAUAGAAGGGUAAGGUGUAGAAGAAGAGGUGGAAUAAGAUUCACUAUAAAUGGCCAUUCUUAUUUCAACUUAGUCCUUGUGACUAAUGUUGGAGGUGCUGGUGAUGUUCAUUCUGUUUCCAUCAAAGGUUCAAGGACUAGAUGGCAAGCUAUGUCAAGGAAUUGGGGGCAAAAUUGGCAAAGCAACUCUUAUUUGAAUGGACAAAGUCUUUCAUUUGUAGUCACAACUAGUAAUGGUCAUAGUAUUGUGUCAUUUAAUGUUGCCCCAUCUAGUUGGUCCUUUGGACAAACCUACGUUGGAAGACAAUUCAUCUACUAACCAACCCUUUAAAUGCAUAUAGUCAAAAAGAACUAAGUUAUAGUUGAAUAUUAAUGUAGAUGUGUGAAUCUAUGUACUACUACUACUGACACUUUAUAUUGCAAGAGUGUUUAGUAUCCAGUACAUGAGUGUGUUUGAUAUUCAACAAAUGUUGGUAUCAAACAGUGACAUGACACUGAAUAUAUAUUUAUAUUGAAUCAUUAGUUUCUAUUUUCUUAAAUUAUUGUUGGUGUUUAAUGUCAGUAUCAUGUUUGUGUAUGUUUUAAUGUUUCCUAAGUGUUACUAUUUGGCACAACUAAGAUGGUUUAGUCCAUGUAAUACAUUUUGAUUUAUAUUGCAAA